GCGAUCCGCCAGCGGGGCCGCGGGGCCGGCCCGCGCCGCCCCGCGCCGCAUCCCGCCACCAUGAGCUUCUUCGGGUUCGGGCAGAGCCCGGAGCUGGAGCUGGUGCUGAGCGACGCCGAGAGCCGGCGGCGGGUGGAGCACAAGACGGAGGAAGGCAAGAAGGAGAAAUACUUCCUCUUCUACGACGGCGAGACCGUGUCCGGGCGGGUGGUCCUCACCCUCAAGAACCCCAACAAGCGGCUGGAGCACCAGGGCAUCAAAGUGGAGUUCAUCGGGCAGAUCGAGCUCUACUAUGACCGAGGGAACCACCACGAGUUCGUGUCCCUGGUGAAGGACCUGGCCCGGCCUGGGGAAUUCACUCAAUCACAAACAUUUGACUUUGAGUUCACACACGUGGAGAAACCUUACGAGUCCUACACGGGGCAGAAUGUGAAGCUACGGUAUUUCCUCCGUGCCACCGUGAGCCGCAGGCUGAACGACGUGGUCAAGGAGAUGGACAUUGUCGUGCACACGCUGAGCACCUACCCCGAGCUCAACUCCUCCAUCAAGAUGGAAGUGGGCAUCGAGGACUGCCUGCACAUCGAGUUCGAGUACAACAAGUCCAAGUACCAUUUAAAAGAUGUGAUUGUGGGGAAGAUCUACUUCCUGCUGGUGCGGAUCAAGAUCAAGCACAUGGAGAUAGACAUCAUCAAGAGGGAGACAACGGGCACGGGGCCCAACGUGUACCACGAGAACGACACCAUAGCCAAGUACGAGAUCAUGGAUGGGGCACCUGUGAGAGGGGAGUCCAUUCCCAUCAGGCUCUUUCUGGCUGGCUACGAGCUGACUCCAACCAUGAGGGACAUCAACAAAAAGUUCUCUGUGCGUUAUUACCUCAACCUGGUGCUGAUUGAUGAGGAGGAGAGACGCUACUUCAAACAGCAGGAGGUGGUGCUGUGGAGGAAAGGGGACAUCGUGAGGAAGAGCAUGUCCCACCAAGCUGCCAUCGCGUCGCAGCGCUUCGAGGGGACGUCCUCGCACGGCGAGGCCAAGCCGCCCGGGCAGCCCGAGAACAACGGCCGGCAGUGAGGCCGGGGGCGCCGGCAGCCCCCAGCGCAGCGGCACCGGGAGGACACCCUCAGAGACUGCACGGAAUAAAUACCCGGUUUUGACUUCAUUCCUUUCCUCCAAGGACUGGCGGGGUGGGACGGGGCGGGAGGGCUCAGCCGGCUGGAGCUGGAGGUGCCACGGCGCUUUCCAAUCCAGCCAUUCCUCCGGGGGCUGCCUGAUCUCCUCUGUGCCCCCAGAGCCCCGGCCUGGCGGGGAAGGAGAGAGCAAGUGAAGGCCCGGGCUGCCAUGUGGAGGGUGCCCUGGGGCUCUGCAGGAUGGAUUAUUUUUCUUGCCUUUCCGAAAUCUUGCCUGAGGAAAACGCCCCGGUGAUAAAGCUGGAUGCUAGAGGAGGGAUCAGAGACUGUGGCGUGGCCUGCUGGAAAUCUCGUGGUGGAAAUCUUGUGGUGUCAUCCCCUCGCUGCUUCCCCUUCUUCCUCUUCGUGCUGGCGUUGGAUUCCUUGCCACAAGCAGUUGGAUGCUGGAGGUGACCAAGCCCUGGGACUGCCACCCGGCCACGUGGAGCAGCGUGCUGUGUCCCACCGGGAGCUGUGGCUGGCAGGAGGGAGUGAGCUGUGGCCACAGGAGGAGGUGGCACGGGGUGGGCAGAGCGGUGAUGGUC